AUGAAAGGGCUCCAGAUAGUCGCACUCUGUGCUAUCCGCGCCUUGGCUACUCCCCAGCCGCCAAAUGUGCCUGAGCUUGACGAAAGCAAUGUGCUCUCAGUUGAUGGUGUCAAAGUUGAAGGCAAUAUCAUCAUCAAGCCAAUUUUCGAUAUUCUUUCGUGGAGAAAUGGGCGAGUUGGCGCGCUCAACUUCAGCGACGGGGCAAGGGACAUCUUUCGGCGUGAUAAACAUGACACCCCUGUGACUAUCUCGGCAGUCGAGGCCUCCAAGGCCAAGAUACCCGGCCUGGGUGAACAUGGCCUCUUUUACCGUGGAGAUCCUCGCCCCUACUCUGAGAUAUUUCAGAAAGGGUUCACACCUCAAGGGAGAGACAUGAACCUCCAGCAUCAUCUAAGCUUUACGGGCAACUCGGGUUUCGUUUCUGUCAGCCGGUCUCCUUCGGCGGCUGAGAUGUACGCAUUCGGCCGAACGGACGCAAAGGUAGAAAAGGGCUACAUCUAUGUCAUUGCGCCAGAAGGCAUGCCUGACGGAUACUGGGUCCCCGGCAUCUUCCCGCCACAGAAGAAUCCUGCAGUUCGCCGAAACCUGGAGUUUGCGGCGGCUGGGCCUGUCGCUGCCCAGAGCAUAGUUUUCGCCUACGAGGUAUCAAGGGACGACCCUGGUGCAAAGGGCAAGAAGAUUGUGAAUGAAUUCUACCGUGCAAAAUCAUUGCCUCCUUGCUUGGGCCGAAAGCGGACGCUGUGUGACCCGGCCAAAGCUGUUGCCGGGGCAAGGCCUGACGAGGCCAAGGGCAGGAAGGGACAAAGCGGUUCGCGAGACGGACCAGACCGAAGUAAACCCAAGAGUCAAUCGAAGUCCCGUUUCCGAUCAGGUGCCAAGAUAGGCUCGGCGCUAGCUUUUCAGGUACUUUCUCCGUACGCGCAUGAUGUUCUGGACAUGGUGAAAAAAUGGGACAACCCCAUCGGCCGAGGCGUGACUUGGUUCGACGACUCGAUGGCGAGCCUUCAGAAAUCGAUUGGUGGAGAGCAAGUGCCCGAAAUACACGGAAACGUACUCAAGCUGAGAAUCAUCUGCUGGCUUAGAGGCGAACAGCGGCAUCCUAAUAGCGUCGACAGAGCUUGCCAACGGCUGAGGGAGAGCGAGAACCCGCCAAAGCAUGAUGACGCAGACCUGAGACUCGAAGGGCUCAACCAGGUCCUGAGAGCCUGUGAGGUGAUUGAGAAGACUGCUUCAACAAGUGAUGCUGUCCAGUUUGAGAUGUUGCAACGCUGCUAUGUGUUCCGCGACAAGGCUGCGGAGCUCGAGGUCUUCGCCACCGAGGCAGCGCGGGCUGGUGAGGGGGUCAAUUACGGAGUGACUAAUAAUGGCGAAAGUGUACCCGCGAGCGUCAUUGCGAAAGAUGAUGAGGCUAAUGAGGAGGCUAUGGAGGUUAUGGGGCUUUACGGUGAACUCUUUCAGAACGACUUGGCGCUGAGUGGCACCGAACUAUGCUGGUCAACUGCCGGUUUGCAGACGUCUAGGCCCUCGGGCUGGGACCUGGUGUCAUCCGCGCUUGUUUACUACGAUGAGAAUGGCAAGGCUGAAGCUUCAUGUCGGGCAUGCCAGAAGGAGGAUAGAUGGGCUCUACGGUGUGGCUCGAUAGCACGGUAA